GCGUUGCUUCGGUCAGCUGACCGGGGCAAGGCGAGGGCAGCCGGGCUGGUCAAUUCGCCGCUUUCUGACCUCCUUCUUGGCAGCCGUUCCAACGUGAGCCGCAGGAAAGAGAACAGCAGUGCCAGACUGGGCGGGUGGAGGCGAGAAAGGAAGUUCCCUCGGCCUAGGAAGCGUCCGAGCAGCGGCUGCGAGACCCAUCACAAUGUCCAAAAAGGUGAUCAGUUGCCCCACAGAAAAUGGUCAGUGCAACCAAACUGAGGUGGAAAAUGGGCACCUCGGUCGCUUCCCUCCUGCUGGUGGCACAAAUUCAGUUGAGGAGAUGGUGCAGCAGAUGAAAGAACUCAUCACUGAGAAUAAUGAGCUGAAAGAAGCUAUGAGGCAGCGGAACCAAGCAAUGAAGAAUCGCUUUGAAGAGCUUUCUGUCUGGAGAGAGAAACUGAAAGAAGAGCGGGAGUUUUAUGAAUCCAAAUUCAAGGAAGCUCGGCAGUGCUUGGCAGCCAAAUGUGUUGAAAAUGAUAUGCUUAAAAAACAACUCCAAACUGUGGAAGGAUUCACAAACGAAUACACAGUUUCUCAGAAGAAGAUGACCCAAGAACUGGAGCAGCUGAAGGUGCAGGUGACAAAGCUCCAGGCGGAGAAGGCUGAUCUGGUAGCCAUCAUUUCAGAGCUGCAGUUGAAGAUGAACGGCACAACCACUGAAGACUCAUUUGUUGAGAUCAGGAUGCACGAAGGAGAAAUAAGUGGAGUUUUGAAAGAAAAUCCAGAGCUGAAUGGCAAGAAAAAGGGGGAUUCGGCUACCAACAUGCAGUUUAGGAUGGAGACGGAAGCAGACCAUCUUUUAGAAAGAGGCACUCAGACAGAACAAGAGGAGGAAAAUGACACGGAACCCAUAGAAGAGAGUAUGGGUAAUGAAGUGGAAACUCUAAACCUGCAAGUUUCCGCCUUGUUUAAAGAGCUUCAGGAGACACAUGCUAAGUUGACAGAAGCUGAGCUGAUUCAAAAGAAGCUGCAAGAAAAGUGCCAGGUGCUUGAAAGGAAACACUGCACCAGUGUAGGAGAUUUGGAUGAGAAGCAGCAGCUGUUGUAUACCAUUAAAAAGCUGGAGCUUCAGGUGGAGAGCAUGCAGUCAGAGAUCAAGCUGGAACAAGCCAAAACCAAUGAGGAGAAAGUCAAGUUUAACAAGUUGCAGGAGGCCUACAGCAAACUCCUUCCUGAGCUGACCAUUGCCCUGAAAGCAGCUGAAGAUCUGAAAGCCAAGGAGGCCGAGAUGGUGGACAAGGCUGUGGUUGAGGAAAUGGCACACAAGGUGGAGCUGGCCGAAAGAGCACUGGCUGCCAAACAGCUCCAGAUAGAUCAGAUGAAGCAGACCAUUGCCAAGCAAGAGGAAGAACUGGAGACGGUGGCAGUCCUCCAGGCUCAGAUGGAGGUGUAUUGUUCCGACUUCCAUGCUGAAAGAGCAGCACGGGAAAAGAUCCAUGGGGAAAAAGAACAGUUGGCGGUGCAGUUAGCCUACCUGUUGGCUGAGAAACAUGGCAGUGAAGAUCUCAGUAGGAAUUCCUUGGCAGAAUUACAGACUCGCCAUGGGGCUAGAGUUCCAUCAGGUCAGCAUAGCGUAGCUCAUCUUAAUCAAGAAGAAACAGAAGAUCAGGUCUGGCAGCAGAGGAAUAUCCCCAAACAUUCCUGCCCGAAGUGUGGAGUGAUUUUUCCUGAUAUAGACACGCUCCAGAUACAUGUUAUGGACUGCAUCAUCUAAGCUUUGUCCUAAAAAAUGCACAUAAACAAUAACUGCACUUUAGAAGUAAAUGUAUCCACCACCACAGCAACCUUUUAAUAGAGAGAGCUAAUCUUUGAAAUCUAAUCUACACCGUUUCCUCUUGAUUUCAAUGGGAUGUGUGUUGUCCCCUUUUUUGUAUUGGUUAUUUAGCUUGGGGUGAGAAGAAUGGAUUUUUGUUGAAAGCUGUGAUCAUUUCUCUCUUCAACCAGUUGGAGCCUAAUUCAUUAGAGCUAAGGAUCCUAGCACUGAAAUGACCAUUUGAACUAUAAUACCUUAGAGAACAAGAAACUUCAUUCUACUGGGUUUAUUACAUAAGAGUUUAAGGUAUAUGUGUGCUCAUACACAUUUAUGCAGUCUGGCAUAUGCCCACAUAUGCAUAUGAACCUGUGUUCUUUCUUGUGUGCUUGCCUAAGGUACACCCUAUGCAUCUUCUUGAGUUUCUGUCCACAUGUGCUGGUGCUGGCCCAUGUGUUCACAUGCAAGUUUGCAUUUAAUCAGAUAUUAGUUAGUGAAAGAAAUUCUGAUGGUCAUUUCAGUCAGGAAGAGAAAUGGGAUGAUUCUUGAGCUCAGGUGCCCUAAGAUCUCAUACUGGAGGCAGUGACUCAUUGGUAGUGGGUUAUUGACACAUUCUCAGACAUGGUACAGUUGGCAUGCUGUAGCUGCCAUGCAUGCCCUACGCUCUCCACAGUUGUGCAAGCUGCCACCUGAGUCAUGGUCCUGUUAAGUAAGUAAUAGGGGUAGACACAAAAAUUUUAUUGGUAUUUUUUUUUAAUUCAGGUUUAAUCAUCCUGGAAAGUUUUAAAAACCAUUAAAGCUGAUUCCUAAUUCCAGCUUUUUGCAUGUUUUUUUUUAACUUAGGUCUGUUAGACCUGAACCUAACAAAUUCCUGCUGCCUCCGAGCUCCGUGUGGAGUUGAGAGAUAGCUCGCAAACUCAGAGCUGCACGCUCGCUCUCUCAACUCCACAUGGAGUUUGGAUGUGGCAGCAUCGGCAACAGGUCCAAAGUGGCCUGAAUCAACGCCGAGUUUUUUGGGCAUGAUUCAGGAUCUGCUUUUUCAGAUUCCUUAAUUUGCUGUCUUUUUUGUGGGGGGAAUCCAAAUGCCCGCCAAAAGGUAUUUUUCAGGGUUUUUUUUAUUUUUGACUUUAGCAGAAUGCCCACCCCUGGUAAGUAUGGAAUGGAAAAGGAUGUCAUGUGGUAAUGUUAAAAAGCCAACUGUGUUCUAAUUUUGCUUGUCGGUUCAUCUCAUUUCUAACCAGGAAAUGAACACUGUAUAUUUUAGACUUCUUUUUAAGCAUACUAUACUUACUGAAUACUUGAAACAAAAUCUUAUGCUCUCUUUUUCCCAAAGAUACCUUAGUGAUGUAAAUGCAUUGGUUUAUUGUUGCCUUUCUUUUUAACCAGAAUGAUAUGGCUAAAUUAACUUGGGGGGGGGGGGUGCGUCCUGUUGUUCCAUUUUGCCUUUUUAAAAAUGAAGUGUGUAAAAAUAUUCACUCUGGUUUCUUGAAAACAGGAUAUAUAAUAACAUGAAAGCAAACUAACGUGCUGCUGUACAGAAAAAUAAAGCGGUGUUUUUAAACUGUG